AUGGAGAUUGUGCGAUCUCAAAGGCAGCUCGCAGCGGCGGCAGCAGCCGCCAGCGGCGGAGGCAGCGGCGCGGGGGGCCUGCCAACUUACCGGGUGGCGCCGCAGCUGGAGGUGCGGUUGGAGGAAUUCGAGCUCUUCGCCAUCGACCGCCUCCGAGUCUUGAAGGGGAUCUCGGAUGGGCUAUCGCGGGGGAAGAGACCGGAGGAGAUGGAGAAAUUGGUCAGCGAGUUGUGGAAGGGACACAUGAGGCACCAGGAUCCAGCAGAGACUUUGAACAAGGACAUAAUAUCUCACUUUGUGCUCCGUCUUGUUUACUGCAGAACGGAAGAAUUACGUAAGUGGUUUCUCUCCAUGGAGACUACACUCUUUCGGUAUCGUUUUCGCCUGGAGAGUCCUGAUACACAGAGGCUUCUUAUGAGUGAGUUUCAGCUUCCAUACAAAGCAUUGCCACACUCAGAAUUCGAGGCUGUGAAAGACAAGUUAAGCCAAGUUGCACGUUCCAUUGGUCAAUCUGCAAGUGUUGAAUCUGUGUUCUUCAAGGUACCAUUCGAAGAAGUCCCAGAUCUUGUUGGCAGCCGCCGAGUAUUUAUUUCAAAAGGCUAUGCUUAUGUCGCGAUGAGUCAGGUUGUUUCACUGGUGGUUACCCAAUUCCGCUGCAAUAUCUCGAAGGCACUAGUUUUGACGAAUAGGAAAUGGACGACGAGCAUUAAGGAACAAGAAAAGGAUAGGCUGACUCCUAUUGUUGAGGCAUUAAGCAAUGCAUAUUUUGGACCUGAUUACUCUCAGACUAGUGAUUCUGCUGAGAUUUCUCCGAAGGAUAUUGAUCAGCUGUCUAGAACUUCUUUCCCUCUUUGUAUGCGCCACAUGCUAGAGAAAUUGAGAGAAAACCAUCAUCUCAAGAAUGGGGGUAGAAUGCAGUUUGGUCUUUUCCUUAAGGGUGCUGGGCUAAAGUUGGAGGAUGCCCUUGCAUUCUUUAGAGCGGAGUUCUCUCAAAAGGUUGGCUCUGAGCGGUUUGACAAGGAAUAUGCUUAUAGUAUAAGACACAUAUAUGGAAAAGAAGGAAAAAGAACCGAUUACACCCCAUAUUCAUGCCAAAAGAUCAUCGCUGCGACGCCUGGUGUUGGUGAUCACCAUGGUUGCCCUUAUCGGCAUUUUGGCGAGGAGAACUUGAGAGCGGCUCUCAACAAUAUGGGAAUCAGUGGAAAUGCUUUGGAAGGGGUACUGGAUAAAGUGAAGAACAGGCAUUACCAGCUAGCUUGCACAUUGACCUUUGAGGCAACUCACAAUGUCUCAUGUGACACUGGAAUUAAUCAUCCUAAUCAGUAUUUCAGUGAAAGCCAGAAAGUAUUACAAGCCAAGAACCAAACAGUGCAGAGCCAAUCAUCGACCUAAGUUCUGAUGCUCCUUCAGAAAGCAGUCCAUUGACAAGAAACUCAGGUACUUCCAACCAGAUUAGCUACAACUAAUUCCCUGCCCUCUUAUCUCCUCCUGAGCCCGUGAGCCCUACAGCAGCUUGGUGUUGAAUCAAGAUUGG